CUUAUACAUUUGGCCUUCCUGAGUUGCCUUACACAUCCAGCAGUAGCUUCUUCACAGAGCCCUACAACACUCCCAUGCUACUUUAGCGCUGUUUUGUAACUUUAUGAAGUCUACCUGCAGUUUAGGAGCGGUGAACUUCACAUUCUUAAUGCUUCGGUCUGGACCUCCAGGUCUGUCAGGCCUGUGCCGAAUCACCGACCAUCUGUAUCUCAGUAACAGCAGAGCGGCUAACGAUUCCUCCCAGGUGACUCGGUGCAACAUUACCUGCAUAGUGAACGUCACUGAAACCAGGGGCAGCAGCUCUUCUCCUCCAGGGGUGGAGGAAUACAUACACAUCCCGUUAUCUGACUCCCCCGUGUCUCCUCUUUGUGAGCACUUUGACAAAGUUGCAGACAAAAUUGAGCAGAUUGUGGUUCAAGGAGGUCGGACUUUGGUGCACUGUAAUGCCGGUGUGAGCCGCUCCUCCACCCUCUGCAUGGCCUAUCUAAUGAAGCACCGCGGCGUGACGCUCCUGGACGCCCACAGGUGGGUGAAGUCCUGCAGACCCAUAGCGAGGCCAAAUAAUGGCUUCUGGAAGCAGCUCGUGAGGUAUGAGGUGGAGCUGCGUGGGUGUAACUCUGUCCAUAUGGUCGACUCCCCCAUUGGAGAGAUAGCAGACAUUUAUGAGGAGGAAGCCAGGAAUAUGAUGUCACUGUGAAGAAGUCCCUGUGCUGCUCUGCAGGGACAUAAGUCAACAGAGGAACAUAUUGCUCUGUGUGUGUAACAUCCCUGUGGUGAUUAAUGAUGUUUACUCAAGUAAAGGAACAUGUGCUUCCCGGAAAGGAGUAAUUACAAGCAUCUAUUCUCCUACAUCUAUUUGACAUCUUUGUAUAUUGUAAAUAAUAAGCCUCAAACUAUCAAUGUAUUUUUUUAAAGAUUAAACCAAUUAUUCCUCAA